AGGGGACCUCUCCGGUUUGCGGCAGCGGUCCAAGGGCCAGGGCGAGCUGGAAGAGGGGUCGUCUGAGAACGUACAGUCACUCCUCUCCCCGCCCCCGGAGCGGACUCCGGUAAAGACUCGCCGGACCCCGCCGACCUCCCGCCGAUGCGCAGUCCGAGGCUAGAUGGCCCCGCCCCGGAACCUUGUGUCGCCGGAACUGAAGGCCGAGGUCCUGUGGUGAGCACCGGGCGCAACGCUUCCGGGCGCUUCCGCAGAGGAAACAUGGCCGCGGCCGUGGGGGGCCCACGUGUGGGUGCAGGGAAAAAGCUGAAAAAUUCGCUGAAGAAGAAGAAGAAGAUGAAAAUGGUAGCCAGGGCAGUAGCUUCGGAGUUGGAAGAUGAGGGCAAAGACGCUGCCGACAGUGGAGGUUCUGUAGGAAGUUGUGAAUCAGAAAAGGAUCACUUUUCUUCAGAUGAUGAAGCAGUGGAAGCUGACAAUGAAGAUGAAGUUGAACCCUGUGGCAAUGAAAAUGAACAAACAGCUGAAGCUAGUGUUGGAACUAAUGUGGGCUGGGCGGAUGCCAUGGCUAAAAUUCUUAACAAGAAAACUCCUAAAAGUAAAUCCACUAUUCUGGUCAAAAACAGAGAGCUGGAAAAGGAAAAAGAAAAGUUAAAGCAAGAGAGACUAGAGAAGAGAAAACAGCUUGAUAAGAAGCGGGAAUGGGAAAUGAUGUGCAGAGUAAAGCCAGAUGUUGUCAAAGACAAAGAAACAGAGAGAAAUCUUCAGAGAAUUGCAACAAGGGGUGUGGUACAGUUAUUUAACGCCGUUCAGAAGCACCAAAAGAAUGUUGAUGAAAAGGUUAAAGAAGCUGGAAGUUCUAUUAGAAAACGUGCUAAGUUGAUAUCGACUGUUUCCAAGAAAGAUUUCAUCAGUGUUCUGAGAGGGAUGGAUGCAAGUACCAGUGAGAAAAGUUCGACUGCAAAGAACGUGAAAGCCAAACAGACUGAAGCGAAAUCAGAAGAGGGCCCUGGAUGGACAAUCUUACGUGAUGAUUUCAUGAUGGGAGCAUCCAUGAAAGACUGGGACCAAGAGAGUGAUGAUGCGGAUAACCAGUGAGCCAGGCUCUGGGAGCAACUGGAUACAUAGACUGUAGAGGAAACACAGCACACAGUCAGUGUAUUUUUCCUAGCGAAAUGCUCUGUGCUCUCAGAGCUACGCGGCUGUGGAGCUAUCAUUUGUAAGAAAGCCAAAAGACUUUUAUUAUUACCAACCUGGGUGUUUUCUCUUUUCGUGAAAACUUUGUUAAGUUUUUCAAACCUUGUAUGAUUUUAAGCAUUGUUUCUCAAACAUGUAAAAAGAAGUAUUUCUGCUUAACUAGCGAAAUGCACAUUUUGCCCAGAACAUUAUAAGUUUAUGUAUUGGUCAUGGAUAUUGGUAUUUUGUUCCAGUAUCAGCAGUUUCUAGAAAUGCAGUGCUUUUCAUAAUUAAAAUGAACUCCCUGAAGUUAGUAUUUGUCAGCUUUCCAGCUUUAUUGGUUCUGUGUGUUUGUGCUUUCGUGAGGGGAGUUUAUGGUAUUUGUUUUGGUGAGCUAUUGAGAACCCUGUGUAGUGUAAUCUAACAUGAUAGUAUUUCUGAUUCAGCGUGAUGAUUUCAUUUUUAGAACUUGUGCUAUGUAAGAUUUAAGAAACACACCAAAUUUCUACUUUUCUAUUAUGUCCUUUUAUAUGCUAAAACACACAUAAGUGUUAGGUUAUUUUGUAUGAGAGAUUUACUGAGGUGGAAAUUCUCAUGUUUAACCUACGCAGUGAGGCAUAAUUUCUUAGAAAGCAUAUUUGAUGUAUUUUAGACUCUGCCCCUGCCCCAGCUUUUCCCUGACACUUGAAUUAGUUUAAAUUCUCCUGCUUGGUUUGACUGACCAGGGAAACGGGAGAGUUUGGCUGCAGGUGGUCUCGUCGGGAUGCCUCACCUGUUUGGAGAUUUGGUUCCUUGUCACUCCCGUAAAGAUGAGUAAAUUAGGUGGCUUAGUAUCUAGAUGUUAAACCAAAAGAAAGUAAGACUGUUGUAUAUAAUUCCAAAAUUUCUUUGAGACCACGUCUAAGAUCUGCAGUUUAUAAAGGAAUUGUUUAAUAACUGUGAUCUGUUCCUUUUAAAAAAGGGAUCCAUUCCUUUUCCCAUCUUUCCGUCAUAAAGAGAGCUCCCUUCUACCGCUCAUCUGCGCAUACUUGCGUCCUCCCCUUGAACUUAUGCUGGAACGGAGAGGUUUAUAUUUUCAAGCCCAUUUGAGUGUUACAGGUAUUACCUAUCCAAGGUUAAAUUAGUCCAUGGCCUGGUACUUAUUAUUAUAAAGGAAGGUGUACACUUAAGAUAUCAAGUGAUGCAUUUUUGUAUUUUAUCCCAACUUCUGAACUUAAGUGUUUUAUUAAAUUAUAGAACUACCAUUUUGUCAGUUAACAUAAAUAAAUGCGAACCAGUACUCCUCCAAAUAGUAAGAGUGCUAACUAUCAUGAUAGAACUUAAUGCAGGUGAAUAGUUCAUUAUCACUUAACACAUACAUGAUUUUGAAAAAGAAAAUUCUUUGCAGCAGUUAAAAAUUUUUUCUCCCCAGAAUUAAAGAUUAUAUUUCUUUUUUGCUCUUAAUCUUAUUCUGGAUCAUAUUAAAGCUUUGCAAAAAUUCUUCUGAAUAGUACAUUUGGAUGAUAGAAAUGAGUAGGUAAUUUUUUUUUUUUUUAAGAUUUUAUUUAUUUAUUUCACAGGCAGAGAUCACAAGUAGGCAGAGAGGCAGGCAGAGAGAGAGGAGGAAGCAGGCUCCCCGCUGAGCAGAGAGCCCGAUGCAGGGCUCGAUCCCAGGACUCUGGGAUUGUGACCUGAGCUGAAGGCAGAGGCUUUAACCCACUGAGCCACCCAGGGGCCCAGAGUAGGUAACUAUUUAUUUACUAAAAUAUUUUUGAAACAUAAACUCACAUAGUUUUUAAUUAAAAAAAAAUUGGGCAAGAGUUUUUAACGGAAAAUAAGGAAGAGAACAUAGGCAGAUAUUCUUCUUUCAGAAAUUAUUUAUUCUAAAUUAAUGGUGAUUUGCCAGUAUAAAAAAAUUUAUCACUUAUUUUAGAACGCUAUAAAGCAUAUUCAAAGUACAUGAAAUAAUUUCUGUCAUAAAAAUGGGAUAUUUUGUAUGUUUUAGUAUUGUUGCAUCUUAGCUAUGCAAUAUAUAAGCAAAAUACCAUUACGUUUUAAUAUAAAUCCAAGGAUGAGCCUAUUAUUUUAGAAAUGAAAUAUAUAUCUUGAGAUGAGUGUUUUAAAUAUUCUAGCUCUGGCGCCUCUACCCUAAGUAUUUAACUCAAAACAUUUAAAUUUUUCACAUCAGUCGGAUGGAUCUGCAUCUGUUCCAUCUUCCUACAUCGUCUUUGAGUUAACUAGGGAAGAGAAAAAGAACCACAUUUCUAGAUCUUCCCUGCUUUAUCUCAACAUAACAAUAUUUGGAUUUUAUUUUUGUUAACUAGUUAGAGUACUGUAAUAAUAAAAAGAUAAUUUUUAUUUGUUUAGAAAGACUGUGGAAAAUAGUUUCCAGGUAACCAGUAACCAGCUAUUAUCUUAUCCCCUUAUGUGGAUAUUUAGAUGGCUGUCGUGAAUGUUGUCAAUAUUUAGCAUAGUUUAGUGUUGGUUAUUCAUUGUUUUUAGGCAUUGAGCUCUCGGAGUCCAAAUUAAUACCUGUUUUAGGCUGAAAAUACUUAGAAUAAUCUUAAUAGUUUAGCACUUUAGCUUGGAGUCGGAGUAUUGGGUUUAUUUUCAAGUUACUUAGAAUUCUACAUAGAUCAAAUAUUAUUCUGCUCAUUGAAAAGUAUACUGUGGAAGCCCGUUAGCUGGAAUGGUCCGAAGGCUCACCUUCGGUACUCGGGACUGAAAAUGACCUGUGAGGAGGUUCCAGAAGGUUUAUUUGAGGGUAGGUUCCAAGUUUUAAAAAAUAUUUUGUGUGUUUUACAAGGGAGUGGAAAGGGAAUGUUUAUAUUCUGGUAAACCUUAGGGCUCUUUUGAUUACUGUGUUUUGCAUAUACGAAUAGACCUAAUAUUCAGUGACCACCAACUAAUUCUGCCACCUGUGCAGGUGGUGAGAGUACAGUACUUCGUUACAAAGCCAUCUGGGUACAGUCCACAGAUGCCUGAAGAUGUCCUAGUUAAACGUAUAAUAGCAGAGACUUCCCAAGGUUGAAGUGUGAACAGAAACGUAAGCAAACUGUAGAUAUAAAUUGCAUUGCUGGGAAGUUAAAGAAAUUGUAAGGCCUAAAAUGCUUGUAAAGGAAACCUCCACAGAGCGUAAGUAUUUCUAUCUCAGAGGAAUGAGGAGGUCAAAUAAAUGAGGCAGUGCUUUUGCAAACUUUGGAUAAUUUUUUUUGCUCCCUGUUUAGCUUUACUUCCUUUUUGUUGUUUUUAUCUUAGAUUUUUAUAAAUAUAUGUGCUGAGAAGAGUCCUGAGUGAAGUGGGAUGGAGGUUUUCUUUCUUUGGGCUUUUUCAUGACUUGAGAGAACCAUUAUUGUGUUUAGUUUGUUGCUAUGUAUGUGCAACGUGAAUCUCACUUUUAAAUAAACAUUUGAGGGGUGCCUUAUGGCACAGUUGGUUGA